AUGUUUAGGAUUGUUGUUUUUACUCAAUGCGGAAUUCCUGCAUUAAAUGCCCAUGCGUUAACUUUCAUCCUGCUCUGUCUCACUCAGCUAUUAGGAGCUGUCAAUACGACACACAAAUCUAGUGUCCGGUGGGAUAUCCUUGGAGGCUUCACGCGUUCUGAUGGUUCAGGUUCGCCUCAGAAUGAGGUACUAUCACGAUGUGAUCUUAGUAUUGUAUAA